UAGACCAAUCUUCGCAUCGCGGCAAGCCGGUUGCUGCGCGCAGGGUAAGUCUGGAUGAUGCAUGUAUGUACAAUGUCAUUGCAGAGUAUCUUAUUUACCCGAUGGAUAUAUGCCCAUCAGUCGUUUAAUAAUCCAAAUGAUUUGAACCCGCCAUCCUGUACGGCGCAGAACUAGACACCUACUAGAGGCUCCUGAAGCGUUUGGCCUAGGAAGCAUCGUGCCAAGACCCGCCGAGCUGUUUAGGGCCUGGAAUUCAACGUCAGAUCUUUGAACGUUUUGCUGUACAACCGCUUUUAGUGAUCUUUGUCUUUACACGUCUACGCUUAAACUUGAAGCCAUAGCGUAUUCUGGUGGUUAAUUGGAAUAUAUAACUUUGCAAUGUCAAUUGCAAGAGCGCCGGGUCUAGCCACCCGAGCGACCACAGGCUUUGCGACACAAAUAUCCGCCCGGUCAAGCCUCAAUAUCCCAAGAUGGAGUCGGCCCCUCCUCAAUAGCAGAGCGAGCUCCUAUAUUUCAACGCCGUACCUAUGUCGUUCACUCUCCACCAGAUGGCCAAGCGGCCAACCCUCCUCCUCCCCUUCCUCCCCCGCCAUACCCCCGACUCUCCUCUCCAUACAAAAGUGCGCAUUUAAUACCUCAACUUCAACGUCACCCUCACUUGAAUCCACCAAUCGCCCAGAUGAUAGCUCAACCCCAACCGCCAGCAGCAGCAGUAGCAACAUCAAUAGCGAGAACCCAUCAACGGUAUACAUAAACCCACACCGCGCAAAGCGAAUAUGGCCACCAGAUAUGUCGAAGCUAUCACCAAAGCAGCAGUUCAGAUUAGAGCGGAAAUACAGGCGGCGGGCAAAGCUAAAGUGGGCGCGGCCUACAUGGACGAAGUGGACGAAGUUGGUACAGUGGGCGAUUAUUGGAUACGUUUUGGUAUAUUGUGUUAUGUUCAUGGAUUUAGGGGAGAAGGUUAAUCCGUUUCAACCGAUCCGAGAUUAUGUUCAUCAAUUCUUGCAGGGUCUGCUAUCAACUUCUUCCCCACCUUCUUUUCAAAAGGAGCCUACCACGCCUACUCCAAAGGCCGCUAAAAGUGACUCUUGAGAGUUGCUCCUAGAUAUUAUAUAGGAGUUGAGCGGAAGGGACGUCCAUAUGUAUUAAUAGAUAUUUGAGGGGAAAAAACAUGUAUAUAUAGUGACGUAUCCUUGGAAUAGGGGUUUAAAAAUUCACCUUUUGAUCUGGGAAGCCUGGCUAACGGUGUUCAAUCUCCCUACAUAUAUAUUAUCCGACUAAAAAUAAGCAACUUAAUCCAAAAACAUGGAUGUCGCCAACUGACCACUAGGUCGAAAAUAUUUCUUUCCUUACUGUGAUGGGACUCUUUGUACGGGCUCAGCAGCUUCACUCAUCCCAAGAGAAUUCCGGAGCCAGAGCCACGCUGUACUCCGUAGCCAAUGGACUGCUGACUGGACUUUGUGUGAAAAGUAUGUGGGCUGGAGCGAAUAAUAAUGAAGCCUCGUCUAACUUACUAAAUGUUGAUAUUGAUGUGGGACAAACUUCCCGUCUUCACACUCGCUUACCUAUACGGCUCGUAUCCAACCCCACGAUGUAAGGACGAAGGUGAGGCUCGAAGAGUCUACUAACUAGCUAUAGAGUAUUAUUAAUCAUUACUUGAGAACAUCGCUUGCGAAACCCCACAUUAUAGCGGGAACAGCGCUGCUUGCCUUGGUAAGUUAACUAGUUAGUUAGCCGCCUUUCUCCUCACGCUACGAACAAGCUCGGAUGAUAGCCGGCUCUUAUUCGGCUAGGAGGUACAGACAGUCCUUUGCUGCACUACUCCGUAUGUAUGGACGUGAGUACAUGGACAUAGAUGGUGAGGAAUUGACAGAGUUAAUUCUUGAUCUUUGAAGACACCGCAACGUAUAGAAAUUUCUGCUUUGAUAUGGAUGGAAUAUGUAUGGCCUAUCCAAAUGUGAACUAAAGUCAGAUAUAACUUGCUA